AUGGCGACCGUGCAGCAGCCCAGCAGCGUCCCCGCCACCGGCUGCGAGCUGGCGCAGUCCCUGUCCCUGCCGCCCCGCCUGGCGCGCGUCAGCGAGUCUGCCCCCGUGGCCCUGGGCAACUCCCCCUUUGAGGAGCCCGCGCAGCACUGCCUGUCCGCCGCCCUGAGCCGCGGCCUCUCCAAGGGCAAGUCGGGCGUGGCCACGGUGCACGUGGAGUCUGAGGGUCUGGAGGGCCUCAAGGCCCCCACUGGGCCAGUGACCCUGGAGAGCGGCCCCCAGGGCUGCGUGCGCCCCUACACCAUCAUCGACGACCCUCAGGCCUGGCUAGCUGCCGACCUGGCGCAGCGUCAGUCUGAGUGGCUGCUGCAGCUGAGCGAGGAGGACGUGGCGGCGGUGGAGGAGCGCGUGGCGGCGCUGCACACGGCGGGCGUGCCCCUGACCUCCCUGAAGCGCCCCACCGACUUCCCGCUGCCUGCGGCGCUGGAGGCGCGUCUGGCGGCUGAGAAGCACAACCUUCUGCACGGCAACGGCGUGCUGGUGAUCCGCGGCCUGCCGGCGCAGCGCUGGAGCGAGUGGCAGAACCUGGCUGCCUACCUGGGCCUUGCGGCGCACAUCGGGUACCGCACCCCCUGGAACAAGCAGGGCAGCCUGAUCAGCCACAUCAAGGUUGCCCCCGGCGCCAAGUUUGUGCAGGGCGGCAGCGACGGCAAGUCUGCGCAGCAGGGCCACGCCACCAACCUUGAGUUUGACUGGCACACCGACGCGCAGGCCGACGUGCUGGGCCUGCUGUGCAUCAGCCAGGCCAAGUCCGGCGGCGUCAGCGGCUGGUCCUCGGCCCUGGCUGUGCACAACGAGAUGCUGCGGCGCGGGCGUGGCGACCUGGUGGCAUGCCUGGCGGGCCCCGGCUGGUACCGCGACCGCACCAAGUACCAGGAUUGGCCUGAGCUGCUGGGCCCCAUGACGGCGGAGAUGGAGGAGGCGAUUGAGAUGUUCAUCGAGAUUGCCUCAGACCCGCGGUUUGAGUUCCAGACCCACCUGCAGCCCGGCGACUGCUGCUUCAUGAACAACGCAACCCUGCUGCACCGCCGCUCCGCCUACGAGGAUGGCGAGGCGGCGCACGAGAAGCGCCACCUGGUGCGCGUGUGGCUGGCGGUGGAGGAUGGCCGUCCCCGCGCCCCGCACCUCGACUUCCCCCGCUCCUACACCGUGGGCUACGACCGCCACACCUACCAAAGCCUGCUGUGCCCCGACCCCGAGCUCUUCCACGUGCAGCGCAGCGACCACGCCGGCAACCACCACUGA